UCAUCGUUAAACAUCGUACUUACUUAAUUAAGUAUGAGAAAUUAAUAUGAUCUUGCCGUAAAUUAUAUUUGUAUAAAUUUAUAUAUAUAUAUACGUAUCGCGACGAUUUGGACGAACUCGUGCAAAGAUAUCGUCGUUCUUUUAUUUUCUUUCUAUUCUUCUGUAUCUCGUUUUUCAUUCCAACGAAAUAUCCAUUAUCUUUGAUUAGUUUAAUUUUAUUCACGUAUUAUUAUCGUGAAUGCGAUUACAUUCUCGUUCUCGUUUCUCACUUUGAUUUUAUCGAAUAGAGAGAAUUACACGCGAUAGAAUGAAAUCAAAUACGAGAUAAGAAAAAACAAGUUGGAACGUUUGUAAAGUUGCGUGUAAAAUCCUUCGCUUCGACUCGUAGUAUGUAGUAUGCAGUAUGCUUGCGAGUUACGAUAGAUAUCGUUGAAGAGAGCAACGGUAGUUGUUAACUUUUUUUUUUAGUAAAAGACAGAAGAAGAAAUUAUUUUUUUUCAGUGAUGUGGCUUUCUUACUUUGAUUAAACAGCAUGCGCCGUUUUCUAAAUAUUCGCUCCGAAUUUUCGAAUCAAUAGCUGGCCGUUAAUUGCUAUUCACCACGUACGCGACGUGCGCGCGAUGUGACAAAGACUAGAUAAGUUGCACGUGAUUAUAUAGUAGAGGCGGUCCAUAUUGCCAAUCAACUCUGCCAGUAUGGCUACUUCUUCCCGGUGAAUGACUCCAAGACACUCACCGUAAGGGAUGAUAGUUCUCUGUAUAGAUUUCAGACACCAUGUUAUUGGCCAUGGCAACAUAAAAUCCCUGAUAACAUGGAAUAUGCUAUUUAUCUGGCUAAGAGAACUUUAAGAAACAAGCAACGACAUGCUCUUGAAGAUUACGAAAUUGAAGCUUUAAACAGUCUACGUAGGAACUUGCAGAACAAGUGGGAUAUGAUACAACUUCAAGCUGAAGAACAGGUUCAGGUACGCUUAUCGAAGGAGCGAAAAAAAGGGGAUAAAAUAGUAAGCGAUUCUCAAGAGCGAGCAUUUUGGAGAGUUUACAGGCCACCACCUGGUUGUCUAAGUAGCCUCGAAGUAACACCCGUACCUACGCGUUUUCAUCCCGGACUUUCACGUCCUCCAUCGCGUAAACGCACUAUAACCGAUCUGCAACGCGAGGUGGCCCUUUUGAAGAACAGCUUAACGCGUACAAGAAUAAAAGUUUCUGCUGCUAUCGAAAAUUUCAACUCAUACUACGAAACAUACGUGGAUUACGAUCCAAUGUUUGUACAGCCACAACCUUCCAAUCCAUGGAUUACCGACGAUCAAACAUUUUGGCAGCUAAACAGUCCUCUAGUGGAAAUUCCUACGGAAAAACGUGUUAAGCGGUGGGCAUUAUCCAUGGAGGAGUUAAUGUCCGAUCCUACUGGUUUGCAAGAAUUUACGCAGUAUUUGAGAAAAGAAUACAGUCAUGAAAAUAUACGAUUUUGGUUAGCGGUUAAAGAUUUGAGGCAUAGUUUUCAAGCAAAAAUACCCGACAAAGUUAACGAAAUCUUCAGAGAAUUCUUAGCACCCGGAGCACCUUGCGAGAUAAAUAUAGAUGGGAAGACGAUGGAAAAGGUUCAUCAAGAGAUGAAAAAUCCAAAUCGAUUCACGUUCGAUUCCGCCGCUGAACACGUGUACACGUUGCUUUUGAAAAAGGAUUGUUAUCCUAGAUUUAUUCGUUCCGAUCAGUAUCGAAAUUUAUUAGCCUCUGGUGUGCAACCUUCGCAAAAAAAAUGGUUUUUUUUCGGGGGACAAGCGAAAAAGAAAGUUUCUUCGACUUCGACUUCGAUUUCGGCCCCAACUCCGACAACGAGCACGUUGCAACAUCAUGCUGUAACCGCCGGCGGGGGAGGAGGGAGUGGAGGUGGUAGUAAACGAAGGGGAAGCGAUCGAAGCCUUUCCGGAUCUGCUCACGAGUUAGCCAUUUGUGGUAUUCGAGAUACAAGUUCGAUGCCUAGAGUACCGCAUUCUCACAGUCAGUCGAAUCUCACCGAUAUUCCAUAUAGGGGAGAUCUGGCUCGACUCGUAAAGAUUCCAACAAGGCCUAUCCCGCAUAACGUUCAGGAUGCUGGCGCAUCGGAAACAUCGACGGCUCGCCCUAUGGACGACGUUUGCCCGUGGGACGUGGCUCCGGGGCCGAGUGUAGAGCACGAUAUAGAUGCGGGCGCGCAGCUACGCCAUCCAAUAUCAUCUGGAGUGACGUCGUCGGUUGAAAGCCAAGCGGAAGAAGGAAACAAUAACUUGAUUAGCCAGUCGCAUUCCAUCGAAGUUGCGGCACGCCCGUCUCGCAAAAAUUCAUCGCAAUUCGACUCCUGUAGUUCCUCAUCGGACGUGAGCUUGGCCGUCACGGAAGCGGUAUCGGAACAUCUUCGAAAGUCUUGCAGUUUGCAGCAAAGCAGCAGCACAGGUGGGACGAGUACCUCGGAACGAAUCGGUAUGACGACGCGGAAUUAUUCGAUCGGCUCGGUCGGCGGAAGGGCGAAACUUGGAGAGAUCGGGCGACCGUCGGCUUCGUCCUUCAAUUAUCCGUCGCCGCAGCAUUCGUUCGAAUACUCGCACGUGGUGACGGAGAUCCGAUCCGAGGGGAAGGAGAUCGCCGAGGUGGUCGAGACCGAGACGAGGUCAAAGGUCACGUUGGUGGAGAAGGAACACGCGAAGAAAACAUUGAGCAAGGCCCCCCUGAUAAGCAUUAGCGCGAUCGUGGGCGAUCUGGCGAGCGAUAGCUUCGCGGUUCAAGCGGAGGAAAGGAAGGAGGACGAUUGCGGCAAAGGUGUGGCGGCGGUUAAGGAAGGGGAGGUGGAAAUUGAGAAAAGGAAAGGGGAGGUGGAGGGUGAUAAAGGCGACGCGAUGGUCGCGGAAGAAAAUUUGGCGAUUUCGACUCGAGUGGAAACGGAGACGGAGGAAUCGCUGGAGGAGGCGCAAGUCGUUCCUGUUUGGGAGCCGGACACCCGACAGGACGACCAAAUAGCACCCGUUACCCAACCAGCUCCUCAACAAAAGCGUGACAAUAACGUUAACGAAGUGUGCCCGUGGGAAGACGAGGAAAACUGUAGAGUGGAUGCACCCUAUGUGAAAACCUACGCGACUUUAGGUUAUUUGUAACUUUAGAUAUCGGUACUAAACAUACAUUUCACGUAUAAACAUUUGCAAUUUCAAUUCCCAUUUUACUUCACUUUUGCCAAGUCCGAGUGCCCGACCUAUUUCAAAUACAUAUUGAUCAUCGUUUCUCGUUAUAUUUCUCAUUUCAUUCCGAAAGAUGGAUCGAUUCGUUGAAACGAAAUUUAUUUCGCUUAUCACUUAUUUCGUACCGUUGUAACAGACAGAUAUUUAUGGACGGAUAAUUGUCGAGAUACGAAAUGAUUCGAAGUGGAGAGAAAUGAAAUAAAGAUUUGCUCCAGCACAGGUGUAAACAGAUGUAAACGAACUAGCAAGCAAGCAAGCAAGUAAGUAAGUAAAUAAAUAACUAAGUAAAUAAAUAAAUAAUUAAGCAAACAAAUAAAUAAAUAAGUAUUAAAAAGAAUCUUAUUUGUACAAAGUAUAAUAGAUACUUUGUGGUGGUGACGCGGAUUUAAAGUAAGAUUUGCCUUGAAUCUUUUGUGCGUAUAAGAGGAAUGUUAUUUAUUUUAUUUAUUUAUUUAUUCUUUCUCGAUUUACGGUCGACAAUUUAAACCGACCGUUUCGUUACGACGCGAAUAAGAAAGUGAAUAAGCAGGCCUGAAUAAACGCAACAAACGUCUGCUUCGACGUUAUAUACAGAUAAUUAAACAAAUUCGAAAUCACAAAAUUAAGCUUAGUUUGGCCGAACGAUGAAGUAUAUAGUUAUUUACUUUUCAAGAUUUUCAAAUCGAUUUAUUCGACGAAAACAAAUUAAAGAGCGUCCUGCGAGUGCUAGUCAACCAUGAGCCCAUUGACUCCGCUUUCGUAGCUCGCAAAUUUCUUCGACACGAGCAAAGAAGAACGAUAAGAUUCCACUUGUUAAUUCGAAUAAAUCGUUUCGAAACGGAAAAAAAAUUUCUCGGUAUGGAAAACGGAACGAUUGUAUAUUGUACGAAUGAAUCGUUCGAAUUAGAUGACGAUUAAAUUAAACGAGUGAUUUAGAUCACUCUGCUUCGCUUGAUAAAAUAACUUGAAUGUCGCGAUAUUUGAUUGUCGUUUAAUCCAGGCGUCGAUACAACAAUGUUAUAACAAUGUCGAACGACAACGGCAACAACAACAACGAGCGUAAAAAACUUUUUAGCUCGCUUGCGUGCUACGAGGCCUGAAUAUCUAUACUCUAUAACGGCCUGCUGACGGUUAUAAACGAGUAUUACCAAAUAAAAAAGACGAACCUAUAAGAUGAACCCUCCCUUUUAAUCUCUUCGGUAUUUACUUGUUAAAAACGUUACUCUACUCGCUGUUCCUAUUAUCGAGAUCGAGAUCGAGAUCGAGUUCAAUUUCAAGAAAGGAAAGAGAAAAAGGUACGAGAAAUAAUAUAAUAAUAAUAAUAACGAUUCGUUUGUUUACCACUUAUUUAGAAGAUAUCGAAUCUUGUUAUACGUAUAUCGUAAUAUAUAAUACCUCGAGGUGUAGAGCGUGUUUAUUGGGUUCUCGGUACUGUCACUGCCCCAGUACCAAGAUCCCUAACGAUCUAAACAAAUUUCAAUUCUCAAGUUCUUAAUCGAUUAAUUAAGAGAAAUUUAAGGAAAAAACUACUACUCCACUACUUGUUCCGCUCGACGAUGUAAUUCAACUUAUUCUCUCCCUUAGAGAGUUUAUUCGAUCGCUUGUUAAAAAAAAAAAAAAAGAAAAAAAAAUGGUAGGAACGUGUCGUUGUAUCGUAAGAAAUUAGAAAGAUAAUCUUAUUAUAGAGCAUUAUACGUACAUGGUAAUCGUAAUAUUUUAUCAAAUGAAAUCGUAAUAAAUAAUUGGAAUGGAAAAGGGAAAAUCGAUUAUUGAUCGUGAAUUGUACACGUAUAAUAGUGUACAAUACUUUUGUCUACGGCGACUGGACUCGAUUGUUAAACGAAAUUAACGAAACAUCGUUAUUAUCGAAACUAAAAUUUACGAACGACGGGGAAAUGGAUAUUUUAUAGCCUCGUUUCUUUUUCUGGAAAUAUUUCGACGAAUAUCUGUUUUUGUAACGAUUUCGCGAGGAGAAGAAGAGGAAGAAGAAGAAGAAAUUGAUUUACGACAGAGAUACAUACGAUAUCUUUACGUUUCGUAAUAGAAGGUAGAAAAAAAAGUUCGGGCACUCGAGGCUAGAGUUUAAGAAAUCCUUAAGAGACGUAUUCACGACGAUAUCGUGUAUCGUCUUAUUCAACAGCUCAAUUUAACUAUUGUAAAACAUCCUUAUGAAAAAUAGAUAGUCGGUUAAUAAGAUAAAAGUGAGAUAUCGCGAUUCUUAUGGGAACGAAUAUAAUAUAUUAUAUACGAAAUCAUAAUGAAAUACGGCAUAGGUAUCGAGAUGAUUUUUUCCGUUAGUCUCAGCAUUAGCAAAUGUACGUAGUUUCGACUGUACGACUGACGAUUAGUCUUAUUUACGAAAUACGAUGACUCGUGAAUACAAGACUAUUCAUCUACCUAUAUAAUAAUAUAUACAUACAUAUAUAUAUAUAGUAUAUAUAUAUGUAUAUAGUAUAUGCCACGUUGAAGAAUAAAAUUUCGUUCGAUCAAGCAUGCGACGAGAAUAAAUAGGUUGGUAAUAAAAUAAAUUACGACAAACGAAUCAAACAACUAUUUUUGUUCUCUUUUUGCAGAAACGUUUUAUAUGUAUUGUGCGUAUAAUGCCGUUCCGUCGUUAUUAUUACAAUUUUUCAAUCACCGAUCGUGAAUAAUAGAUUUUAUUCGCUAUCGUUUACUCGCUGACUCGCAUCACCCUUGCAUAUAAUACACAUAUAAGGGGCAAUCGAGAGGAUCGUUGUACGUCAUGAAUCUUUAAGCGUUAUUCGAUUUCACGUUCCGUUUGUGUAUUUUUCGUGUUACGUAAAUUGGUAAAACGAACGUUUCAUCGACGACGAAAAGUGACGUGUAACGUAUCUGUUGGCCAUUGUUAUCUUUUUUUUUUUUUUUUUUUCGUUCAACGCGGAGAAUGCAUCGCCAGAGGUCCGAGAGUAAUCGAUAUCAUUGUAGAUAGAAACGGAGAGAGGAAUGAACGACGUACAAAUUACUCGACGAUUCCUAAUUAUUUUUCCAUAUAUCGUUCGAUUCGUUUUCGAGAAAGAGAAUUACCCGGUUCGUCGAAUCGUAUCGUUAAUUUUUAUUUUUAUUUUAAGAUUAUAAAUAUUCUUCUUUUCUCCGAUUUUUUAUUAUUAUUAUCGUUUCAAAAGGCGCUAAUCGAAUUCGUAAUCCAUCCACGAAUAACACGAGAACAGAUAUUUGAAAAUCGAUCCGUUAAGACACGUAACGCGUAUUCGAGAUUUCGAUGUGACUCGCGGUCGGUUAUAUUUUUAUUUCAAAGCUAACGAUAAAUGUUAAAUUACGCGUGUAUUUUCGUAUUUCUUUUGCAAAUGGAAUCGGUAUCUUUCGUCGAGUUUUCGGAUCCGAGUUAGAAGACGAGGGAGAGAUAGGAGUAGGAACGGAAUAACGGAAUAGUGAAAUAAUUUUAAAAGAUAUUUUGAUUCGCAAUAUUUGAUCGAGGCGCGAGUGCUUGUCGUAUUUUUAAGUCGAUCUAAAUCUAUUUAUAUCUAUUUCGCUAAUCGCGUACUACAUGAACGAAAACAAUCGGAACGUAUUCCCUUUUUAUUUUUAUUCUCCAUUUCUAGAUCUUUGCCAAUAGUACAAAUGUAACUUAAAGUAUAGCGUAAUUUACGGAUAAGCCUGGCUCCGAUACGAUCUAGAUAUACAAUCGUACACAACGCAUCCAUCCUAUUUCCUUUUCUUUUCUUCUCUCCUUCUUAACUUUCCUUUACUCGCUUUUCCUUCGUUCUGUCGUUGUACAAUAAAUUAAUAUAUCGUUGUACGACCGUUUUCUUAAAUUUUGAAAAACGAGACGAGAUAUUUUACCGUUUCGAUAUUAAUCGGAUUAAGAUUAUUUCGGUUCGAUUUCGAUCGAGUGAAAUUAUGCGUGAGAUGAAAUCAAUCAUGUAAUUUUUCGAGUUACCCGUCGCAUUUCCCAUCGCUAUGCGAUGUGGUACGAAUAACUAGUCGGGAACGAGCCACGUUUAUCGGGAAAAGACUGAAAACGUACCUGAAAUUCACCCCUCCUUCGAAAACUCGUGUUGUAACAAAUUCUACGACUAACGUUUUAGAAUAACUAGUAUUGUCUCAUCGUUUCGAUAAAAAGGGGGAAAAAAAUGUAACUGAUAAAAGAAUAUUACUUACAUCUCGAGAAAGAACGAAGAUAAUUUUAAGCGUUACUACGGAUGAGAAAAGGGGUGAUCGAUUCAAGAUUUCAGCGAUCCUUGACGUGUCCCGAGACGUUUUCAUCUGUAUUUUGUAUUAGAUCGAUCUAUCGCCAAGUCGUUUUAACGAGAGUAUAAUAUAUAUAUAUACAUAUAUAUAUUAUUAUGUGUAUAUAUGUAUAUGUAUAUAUAGUUAAAAAAAAAAAGUGUAUAUCUAGCGAAUUAUUGUUAGUAAUCGAGAAAAAGAUAGCGUAGAGGUUCUCGUCUCACCGACAACAUCGUCUUAUUCGAGAACAUUGCUGCUUUUUUUUUUUUUUAAUCGUCGAAAGAAGAUAAGAUCGUUCGAUUUAAUUGGGAGAUAAAUGUUUUUACACGGAUCAAUCAAUGGGGGAGGGGGAAGAGUGAAACAAAAGACGAAAAAUUAUAAACGAGAAACGACGAGAUCGAAAAGGAUCGAUGAUACGAAAGGAAAAGUUGGUAUUCGUUCGAAACGUGUCCUAUGAUCAUCGCUUAUUUGCGUUUUUUUUCUAAUUCUUUAUCUCUUUUUACCAUAGAUAUUUGAUAACGAAUUAAUAAAGCUGUAUACUAUCGCGUAUAUAUACGCGAGGAAAAAGAAAGAUAUAUCGUUUCUUAAAUUGUUUUCUAUAAUGGGCACAAAGAUUCGUACGAAGAAAGGCGACUAAGAGAAGAGGGGAGGGGGGUAGAGACUCGAAGAUACGAAAGCAGUAUAUUUACGUACGAGGAAUUGCAAAAUUGAAUCGAUUAACUGCGUUUUAAGAGAUUAAAUCGAAGAGAUGAAUCGGACUAUUUGAAAGGAAGAAAAGAAGGAAGGAAGGAAAAAAAAAAAGAAAAAAAAAAAAGAAAAAAAAAUGUAUAAAAUAGAAUCCAAAUAUAUGGAUCUCUUCGUUACAUUCUAAAUCAGUUAUGAACGUUAAAUAGAUGCUUAAACGAUAUUAGAAAUUGUAAAAAAUUCGAAUUGAAGGAAGAAGCAAAGUAAUCAUCUUUGUAUUAGAUAAGUUGUAAUUGCGCUAAUGACUCGCGAUACGUCUAUCGCAACUUAUAUAUAUAUAUAUAUAUAUUUUAAAAACUGUAUUAAACGCGUUGAACGUCGUUUGUCGUUCACCGAAUAAAAAAACUGAUUAUUUAAUAUACCACCACGUAUAUUGCAAAUAUAUUGCAAAAGAAUGAAACGGAUAAAACCGUGUGUUACCACUUACCACAUUUGGAAACGUGUUAUAGAAAUAUAAAUAAAAAAAAAAAAGGCUUUGGUGUAUAUAGUUUUGUAAAGUAAUAAAAAAAUGUAUAGAGACGAAGUAAUAUAGUAGACGAAGGGAGAAAAGGCGUACCACCGGUGUUGAACCGACACAAAUUCGUCGUUCGACAAUUCGUUUGGUCAAGGCCGAUAUAUUAACUAUCGAAAUUGAAUCGAAGCGACGCGAUGCGACGCGACGCGAAACAAUGCGCUUGUAUAUCGAGGGAAUUGUUGCAUUGGACGUAAUUUUACCAUGCGUAAUUGAAUUGAACCGAAUCGUUUCGUUAAAUGUAGCUGCGUUUACGCGUAUGUAGGUAUGUAUGUAUGCGUACACAUGCACACGCACACGUAUACGUAAAAGCAGAAAGAAUGUUAAAUAAAAUAUGUGAUACAUGCGUAUUAUUUUAAGCUGUCGAUAGAAUGUCCCAAUAUUAAAUAUAUUAUAGCGAGAUUAAA